AUGGCGGAUUUUGAUCCUUAUGACGAUCGGGCCUACAGCAGUUUCGGUGGCGGCCGGGGGUCUCGUGGUGGUGGCCUUGGUUCUCUCAAACAGAAAGAGCUGCCAACAGAACCCCCCUUCACAGCAAAUGUGGGCAACCUCCCCUUCAACACUGUCCAGGGUGACAUAGAUGCCAUCUUCAAGGAUCUCAGCGUAAGGAGCGUACGACUAGUCAGAAACUAGGAAACAGACAAAUUCAAAGGAUUUUGUUACGUAGAGUUCGAUGAGGUGGAAUCGCUCAAGGAAGCUCUUACAUAUGAUGGUGCACUUUUGGGUGACCGGUCACUCCGAGUGGACAUAACAGAAAGCAGAAAACAGGAUAAAGGUGGCUUUGGCUUCAGAAAAGGGGGGCCUGAUGACAGAGGAAUGGGAGGAGGUUCCAGAGAGUCCAGAGAAUUAGAUUUCUAUAACAAAUUAUUAUACUCUUCAAGGCUCAGAUGUUACAGAUGUUAUCGAUCAAAAUGCUCAAAUGAAACAAAUCAGCAACUGAGUUUCUUGUAUUUGCCAGUUCAAAGUUCAAAGACCCGAAGUUGUGAUGCUUUGUGUCUGACAAGUAGAAGUCUUCUAGGCAGGUUCAUGGAUUGGAUUUUCUAA